AUGACACGAUCAGUCAAAGCACAUCCAGAGUCGGGGCGGUAUUUCUCUAAACAUGGGUUUGAAGGAACAGCACCGAAUGGAACGAAGAAAAACGGUGCAGGGAAGGCAAACUGGGGCACAGAAGGCUCAGAAAUUGAUCUGUCAGAGUUUAUGGAGAGACCACGCCGGUCGUCUAAUCCUCAGUCAGCCAGUAAUAAGUGGCUGGAUCUAGAGAAGUUCAGUAGAGAAGAUCUCCCAUCGGAUGUAAUUGAGGCGGAUGAUUGA